AUGUUCAAGUCGGCCUCCGUUGCCCCAUCUUCGGUGGCCAGUGUGACAAUAGGAACUACCCAUUUUGUUAAUGCAGUCGUAACUCGCGACUCGACACGUCUGUCUCGUGUUGCAGUAAUUCGAUUGUCCGGACAGUUCAGCAAGCAUGCACCUCCGGGCGUAGAUUGGCCUGCCUCUUUGCGAAAGAUCAUCCUAGGACAUUACGCGCUAGUCAAAGGAGGCCUGGAGGUUGAUGGUAGUCUUAUAUCGGACAUCAAAGAGCACGAGAUCCUGGAACAGUGCAAGAUCAUCAAGGAAAAGAAUAUCAAGAGCAUCGUGGUGAAUGGUGUCUUCAGUCCGAUAGACACGAUGGAAAAGCAAGAAGAACGUGCGGCGGAGAUCAUCAAGCGUGAGCUGGGAGACGGUGUCGACAUAGUCCUCAGCAAGACAGUCGCGAACCUGGGGUUCUUGGAGCGCGAGAAUGCGGCAAUUCUCAACGCAUCGAUAUUGUCCUUCGCCCGAAAGACCAUCGCAUCUUUCCAGGAUCCCAUGAAAGAGCUUGGCCUGAAUUGUCCCGUGUUCAUCACACAAAACGAUGGCACAAUACUAAGUGGUGAAGCCGCGAGUCGGUUGCCAAUACGAACCUUCUCGUCCGGCCCAACGAACAGUAUGCGCGGCGCAGCCUUCUUGAUCGGCAAAGAUAAUGAGAAGGGAGAAGCAAUGAUGGUCGUGGAUGUAGGUGGUACAACCACCGAUGUUGGCUUGCUACUCGCGAACGGCUUUCCUAGACAACAGGCUGCAUACUCUGAGCUUUCGGGUGUCAGGAUGAAUUUCUCAUACCCCGACGUAAAGAGCAUUGGUCUGGGUGGCGGGAGUCUGGUCAGGAGAAUCCAAGGCAAGUUGCACGUUGGACCAGAAUCAGUUGGCUACAAGCUGCCAGAAAAAGCGCUUGUCUUUGGGGGCGAUACACCUACAACUACUGAUUACAUGGUCGCGGCAUCUCUGGAGCUCAAGAUUGGUGAUCCUGAGAAAGUGAGGGAAAAGCUUGAUCAGAAUGACAUACAGGAUUUCCAGAGUGAAGUCAAAAGCAUGCUUGAGCGCAUUAUCGACACGAUGAAGACGGCUCCCGAGGAUCUGCCAGUCUUGCUGGUCGGCGGUGGCGCUAUUGUUGCUCCAGAUACCCUUCGAGGGGCUAGUAGGGUUAUCAAACCAAAAUGGUCAGGAGUGGCGAAUGCCAUAGGCGCCGCAAUGGCUCGCGUGAGCGCUGUUGUGGACACAGUCAAGUCGACAGAAAAGCAGACAUCGAAAGAGAUCCUAGCAGACAUAUGCGAGGCUGCAAAACAGAAAACAAUCGAGGCCGGAGCACUUCCAGCAUCUGUUCAGAUUGUAGAAGUCGAAGAUUUGCCUCUGCAGUACGUGGCAAACCAAACGCGCUUCAUCGUUAGGGCGGCUGGAGACUUUGACUUCUCGCGAUCGAGCGACUUUGCAGACCUCCACGUCAAGAAAGAGGAGGACGGUUCAGCAACACGGACAGAAGACUCUAAUGAUCCUGCUGCUGCACCUGCGGCCGAUGACAACUCUGUGGAAGAUGAGACACCGGACGUUGAGAUCGCGACGUACGUGCCAAAAGUCAUCAAUCGUGAAUGGUGGAUCUCUGAAGUCGACCUUGCUUGGAUCACCAUCGGUUGCUACAUCUUGGGGACAGGCGGCGGUGGCUCCCCAUACUCGACAAUGCUACGCGUGCGUGGUAUACUGAGAUCUGGCAAUACUGUCCGCGUCGUCAGUCCAGACGACCUGAAAGAUGAUGACAGAGUCGGGUGCGGUGGUGGUGCAGGCAGCCCAACAGUUGGGAUCGAGAAAUUGUCGGCAGACGAGAUGAUGGAUGCGCAGAACCACCUCUAUGAUUUGUUCAAAGGUGGCCGUGCGACGCACGUCAUCCCUUUGGAAAUUGGCGGCUCGAACGGUUUACAGGGUCUGGUCCUCGGCUCCUCUCAAAACAUGGACGUACCAUGUGUCGAUGCAGAUUGGAUGGGUAGAGCGUACCCUACGAAAUGGCAAACAACGCCAGUGGUCUUCGGCGAGCGUGACAUAAUCUUUGCGCCGGUAGCUAUAGCAGACGGUAAUGGCAACACCUUGUAUAUGGGCACUGCUGCGAGCGAUCUCAAGGUCGAACAAGUCAUCAGAGCUGCCCUGAGCCAGAUGGGAAGCUCAGUGGGAGCAGCCGAUGCACCUGUCACAGGCGCCGAGACAAGAAGGUGGGCAGUUGAACACACGAUCUCGCUGUCGUGGCGUAUCGGCCGCGAAGUCGCACGUGCCCGAAAAGAGAAUAGGAUCGACAAUGUUGCUGAGUGCAUCAUCGACGCUGUAGGCGGUACUAAAGCCGGACGUGUCCUGUUCAAAGGCAAGAUUGUCGGUGUGGAGCGUAAGCUCUACAUGGGACAUGUAUAUGGAGAGGUCAUCAUCGAAGGCACAGAAGCAGCGUACGCAGGCAGGAUUAAGAUCCCCUUCAAGAACGAGAACAUUGCAGCGAUUCGCAUACCAGAAAGCGGCGACAGCGAGACCGGAAAGGAAAAGAACGAAGAUGUGCUGGCCAUAGUUCCAGAUCUGAUUGCCGUCAUUGAUGCGCAGAACGGUGAAGCGGUUGGCACGCCAGAGUAUCGAUACGGUCUACUCGUGCAGGUUCUCGCCUUCACUGCUAGCGAGAGGUGGACAAGCCCGCGAGGCAUUGAGAUUGGAGGUCCAAAGAGUUUCGGUCUGGAUCAUCUUCAGUACAAGCCUCUUGGCACAUUUGUGAAACCGAUCAGUGUGAUAGAUGAGUAUGACGCAAAGGCUUGA